AUGUCUCAUCUUGAAAAUAAAUCGCAUAAAUUACUCCCAAACUUUUCGAAUAACAUGCCUUCGGCUGAAACUUCUACGAACUUUUCACUUUCAGGAAGGUCAUUGCUUAAAUUCACUUCAGGCUGCUCGUCAACUAGUGUAACAUCUUGGGGGACUAACGAAAAUAGUAAUAGUGCAAAGGAUAAUAAUGAAGUAUCAUAUGGAGAUAGAUUCAUUCCUGUUAGAACCGGUGAUAUGAUAUCCGAAUUUCAAAGACGACCUACAACGUCUACAGAAGAAAAAUCACAAAAGAGGAAGAGGGAAGAGCCAGAAGUUAGUUAUAUCGAUACUUACUCGGUAAAAUCGAAACAAAAAUUCCUCAAAUUUCAUUCGACAUCACCAAAAUGUCGUGGUAUUUUAGAUACGCCAUUUAGAAAUGUAUAUUCCACAACUCCAUUUUCGCGACAAGUAGAGGAUUUAAUGACAAAACCUCGUAAACCUACCAGAAUAAUUAAUCCAUUGCCAUAUCAAAUGCUCGCGUUUUGCAAUGAAUUGAUGCUUAAAGACGAUUUUUACUUGAACGUUGUAGAUUGGUCUACUUCAAAUAUUUUAAGCUUGGGACUUGAAAAUUGCGCUUAUUUGUGGAAUACUGGAACAUCAAAGAUGGCAAAAUUAUGCGAUUUGGGCUUAAUAUCUUCUGUUUCUUCAGUUAAAUGGCAUCCUCAGGGUUCUCAACUCGCAAUUGGCACAGCGGAAGGCAAACUUCAAAUUUGGGAUACACAAAAAUUGAUGAAAAUCCGCGAUUGCACUUCGCAUAAUUCACGAGUUGGAACUCUUUCUUGGAAUGGAAAUUUAUUAACCACCGGUAGUGCCGACCGUUGUAUAUUCCAUAGAGAUCCAAGAAGUCCUUAUGAUAUUAUUCGCGUUUUAACCGAUCAUAAAUCUGAGAUAUGUGGAUUGAAAUGGAAUAAUGAAGGAAAUCAAUUAGCAAGUGGUGGCAAUGCCAACGAAUUAUUUAUCUGGGAAGGCUUGAAUUUAUCUCCAAUUAGAAAACUUGACGGUCAUAAAGCUGCUGUUCGCGCUCUCUCAUGGAGCCCUCACUCCAGAAAUUUAUUAGUGAGCGGAGGUGGUCAUUUAGAUCGGCAAAUUCGUUUCUGGAAUACAUUGGAUUCAAGAUGUUUAGCAAGUUAUAAUGUUAAAUCGCAGGUGUGUAACCUGCAAUGGUCACCUACGGCGAAUGAAAUUGUCUCAACUCAUGGAUGGUGGAAAAAUGAUGUCGUCGUUUGGCAGUAUCCGUCAAUGGAAAAGAUUGCAACUUUAAAAGGGCAUAAUUAUCGCGUGCUUUAUUUCUCUUUAUCCCCUAAUGGUGAAGAUAUUGUAACUGGUGCUGGUGGUGAUGAUAAUACUUUACGAUUCUGGAAAGUGUUUAACACUCCACUCAAUAAUAAAAAAAAAAUAACCAAGUCUGCAUUCAAGUUAGAUGGACUAAUUCGGUGA